UUGGCAAACAUGAGUUAACUGGGCAUAAAGUUGCAGUGAAGAUCCUGAAUCGGCAGAAGAUUCGCAGCCUUGAUGUUGUAGGAAAAAUCCGCAGGGAGAUUCAGAACCUCAAACUCUUCAGACACCCUCAUAUAAUUAAGCUGUACCAGGUUAUCAGUACGCCGACUGACAUUUUCAUGGUGAUGGAGUAUGUUUCAGGAGGAGAACUGUUUGAUUAUAUCUGUAAAAAUGGAAGGCUUGAUGAGAAGGAAAGUAGGCGUCUGUUCCAGCAAAUACUUUCUGGCGUGGAUUACUGUCACAGGCAUAUGGUAGUACAUAGAGAUCUGAAGCCUGAAAAUGUGCUGCUUGAUGCACACAUGAAUGCCAAGAUAGCUGACUUCG